AUCUGUCAGCUACGAAAGUUACAGAAUUGAGGUAAAUUUACAUUCGUGCUUGAGGUUGGUACUGACACAGUUGGUUCCAGAUGUUUCUGACUGAAGACUUUUUGUUUGAAACGCAAAGUGCAGAAUGCCCAUGUUGUUUAUAUUUAUCUUUAAAGUAACCUCAAUGGUUUAAGUUAGAAGAUUGUAUAAUAUUUUACAUGUUUUAGUGUUAUUGUUUCAGUCAAUUUAGAAAUGAACUUUUUGAUUUAAUUGUGUAGUUUUUAAUUGAUUUUGGCAUUGUACACCUUGCACUUACAAUGUGGUUUUACAAUGUAACUUUUUGGUUAUGGUUUUGUCAACAAAUCACCAGCUUAAAUAGUUGUGAUAAUAACGAAGAUCACAAAUCUACUGAAUUUAUGUACAGCAAAGAGAAUAAUGAAAUGUUAGCACUGAUACAAGAUUCGUUGGAAAAUUACGUAAACUGUCCUUUCUCCAACUGUAGCUGUUAUGCAGAUACUAUCACCAAAGAUUUAUCAGUUUUCAAAAAUGGAAUAAGUGAUGUUAUGUUGAAUGCAGCUAAAACAAGGGGAACAACGUACAAGAUAAUUGAUGGGCGGCUGUAUCGAAAUGCAGAUUGCAUGUUUCCUGCACGCUGUAUUGGUGUGGAACAUUACCUGCGAAAGUUAAGCAACAAACUACCUGACCUACAGAUAGUUCUGAACACCAGAGAUUGGCCUCAAGUCACCAGGUUUCAGGGAGAGGUUCUGCCUGUUUUCUCCUUUAGCAAGACUAAAGACUACUUGGAUAUAAUGUACCCAGCUUGGGCUUUCUGGGAAGGAGGACCGGCAAUAAAGCUGUAUCCACGAGGUCUGGGCCGGUGGGACAAACAUCGACAGUCUCUUGACCGUGCAGCUCAACAGUGGCCAUGGAAAGAAAAGUUAUCUGUUGCUUUCUUCCGAGGCUCUCGCACUAACAGCGAACGUGACUCCCUAGUUCUGCUAUCCAGGGAACAGCCAGAUCUGGUAGAUGCAGCGUAUACGAAAAACCAAGCUUGGAAAUCUGAGAAGGACACUUUGUAUUCACCUCCUGCAGAGGAGGUGGCGCUAGAGGAUCACUGCAAGUACAAGUACCUGUUCAACUUUAGAGGUGUUGCAGCCAGUUUCCGUCUGAAGCACCUUUUCUUAUGCGAAUCUCUUGUUUUUAAUGUGGGAAAUGAGUGGCUGGAGUUCUUCCACACUGCUCUCAAGCCCUGGGUACAUUACAUUCCUGUCAAGAGUAAUGCCACCAAAAAAGAAUUAAGAGACCUGUUGGAUUUUUUCAAACACCAUGAUGACAUAGCCCAUAAAAUUGCAAAGAUGGGAAGGGAUUUCAUCUGGAAUCAUUUAAGGAACAAGGAAGUCUUUUGUUAUUGGAAGUUACUACUAAAGAAAUACUCUAGAUUACUGAAUUUUAAACCAAAACUUCAUGGAACUGAGAUAGAAAUAGUAUAAUUUAGGUGUUAAUGUUUUUGUAAUUUAUUGUUACAAGCUGUUGUAAAAAUAGAACUGAAAAUUCUUUUAGCUAUGCAUUUGUUGUUAGGUUUUAGGACUGGAUGAACAAAAUUUUUUGGAGCUGUAAAUGCAUAUGCUCUUUAUUCUGCAGAUUCUGCAGUACUAUUCCAAACAUGUAACUCUUAUUUUUGUAACAAAUAUUUGUAUUACUCUAUAUAUUUAUGUAAUUAUUAACCCUCCAAGAACUAACCAUCUCGAUCUGGGCGAUUAAUGUUAUGCUUGCAUCAGUAUAGCAAACUCUGACCGCUAGAUCGCAUGAGCAACAUCGUUUCCUGUUAUUUUACCAUUCCUGAGAUAAUGCAGCCCAUUUCCCCUCCACUCCAAGUACCGGGAAUUAGUUAUCUGUCGCACCUGUUCAUCAAUGUCUCUCUCUCUCUCUCUAUCAAUCCUCCUGAUCCCUAGAUCUGGGCUCUAGCAGUUUCUAAAAUAGCAGGGUACUAUUUCAUGUUUUCAUGCGUUCUUUUAGAAAUUCAUAACAAAUAUUUUCAUACUCAAUACAUCAAGUAAUUGGUAUUGCUGUCUUUCUAAAAUUCUGAAGUCUAUUUAUGUACCAAUAAAUAUACACUUGUCAUGUUAUAUACAUUUAUUUUAUGAGGUUGAAUGUACAAAUGUAACAUUUGUAAACAAACACUUCAAGUUUGUAAAAACAAUGUGAGAUAGUAAAAUGUUGCUAAAAUUAGUUUUUAGAACUUUAAAAAAAAAAAAACAAAAAAAAGACUUAUAUACAACCAUUCUUUUCCCAAAUUGUGAAUGGCCGUCUACUUUAAAGAGCAAGAGAUGUCAAAAGUGUAAGGCCAAUAAAAGUUUUAAAUUAUUACAUAAUAAUAAUAUGUAUUACAAAACUGUAAUAUUGUGUCUGUAUCGGUAAAUAAUUUAAUUAACAGGGUGCAGUGUUGAAUAAUAAACAGUAAUAUUGCGGAAAUAGAGGUGAAAUGUCAUAAUUUCUAGCUAAUUCAAACUAAAAUUUUUACAUAAACAAUACACACGGAUAAGUUACAAUACAUUUCUCGGAUAAGUUCUAUACCAAUAAAAGACUUAACCAAUAGAAAGUUUCAAAAUGGUUACUAUCCACAUUGUACGAAAUCACGACAUAAUGCAGUUGUAUGAACAUGCAUUCUAUAAAAUAUUAAGUUUAAAUUAGUGUCUAGACAAUGACUAGUUAAAAGCAUCAAAAUCCUUCUAUCCUUUCAAAUCUUCCAUCAACUAUAGCCAAUAAUCAAUUUGAAACAAACAAUUUAUAUACUUAUUUUAAUCUUUUUAGUAAUAGCUAUGAAUUAAUUUUCCAUAUUAAUCCAAUAUAUUGAGAGUUGUUAUAACGGCAGCCAUAAUACAAUUUUUGAAACUACAUCAAGAGGUACAAGUUUCCUUCUGGCUUAAUUUGAAGAAAGGUAGAUUUCAAAUGUGCUGUUAUCUCAAAUUUUUAUAAAGAUUGAAUUUUUUUGUAUAUUCCAAAACUUUUGAAUGAUUGUUUUUAUGAAAAAUAUAUUAAGAGUAACAGUAGCUUUAAAUUGCUUAAAAAUGUUGUCUCAAUUCCAAUUUAUGUUUUAAAAUAUCCCAUACCGAAAUUUUGUUCAGUUGUGAAUGCCCCAUCCUGAAACUUUCUAUUGGUUGAAACUGGCCAAAGAACUUACCCAAACAUUGUAUGACUUCAGUUUCAAUUGGCUAUAAAUUAUGCUUAUAAUGUGUUCACUAUUAUUUCCAUACUAAUAUUGUGUAUUAUUCAAAGGUUUGUACCUCUGUUAUCUGAAAAACUUUAUGAUAGAAUAAAACGCUUAACAAAUGUUGUGAAUGACCUGAGAAUUCUAAAAGUCUUGUUUGUGUUUUUAUUUUGAGAAAAAUUGUGAUAUAACCAUUCCUUUGGUGGUAGUAUAUAUUUGAUCAUUAUAAGUAAAUAUGCCAACAAACAUAAUUUCUGGUCAAUUGUAACUAACUCAAUUUUACUUUUUACAAACAAAUGUAUGUUUUAAGAUUUUUGUUACCAAGGUUUUAAGGCGAUAUAGUUUUGAAAUAUUUGGAGGUGUUGCAUCAUGCAUAUUUAGUUUGACGUUUCAGGAUGGUAGAUCCCAUUCAGUGAAAUCUACCUUUUUGUGAUUUAACUGGCAGGAAUAUUUAGUCCUAAACAAAUGUAUACUAUACAUUUCAAACAGGUCGUACUUGUAAUGCAGAUAUGUCAUAUCUGUAGGGUGUUGCUCUUUUUUAUGUAGUAAGGAUAAAUCCAAAUAAUUAUAGCAUGGGAGGUUCUGGUUUUGAUUAAACAUUAUAACAGUAGUAGACAGGAAUAUAAAUUGCCUUAUAGAUAUAACUAUUCCAAUAGACAUGAUAAGAAUUUUGUAAUGAUGAAUAGUAAGAUUUUCGAAAUUUUGAAAUGAGCGGAUGUGACGUUUGGAGAUCAAGUCAGCUGGGGAGACCGUUCUUAUUGAUAAAUAAUCCAUAUUACUUUUUUAUUUUCAGUCCGUCUUAAUUAUUGUUUGUUUAGAUAAAGUUUGUUGGUUUACUCCAAAGAGGGGGGGGGGGGGCAAGAGGUCAAAUACGUUAUAACUAUCUGAUUUCGUUAAAGAUUUAUAUGUGGAUUUGUAACACUUGCACAUCUUUUAAAGAAGGAUAAUAUGGAUUUAGCUACUAAACUGAAAGUCCUAUGUUGGAUUCUAUUAACACGAUAGCGUUUCAUUAAAAAAACUAUUUCAGUAUACAGGGCCAAUUAUUUUUUAUUACAUACUGUGUAAGACACGUUUUUACUCGUAUUGCAAAUUGAGAAAGAUCAGAUGGCGUUUUGUGUAAAGUUUAAGUUGCGUUAAUAAUUUCAGUAUAUUCACAAUAUACAAAAACUUGAAGUAAUUUUAAAAUUAUACUCAUAAUUUCUGUAUUAUCCAAGUUGCCAUAUUUGCAUAACCUUUGGUAAUUUUGAUCUUUAGAAUCACAUAUGAAACCAUAAUUGAACUGUGUCUUGUCUAUAUACAAACAAGGUAGGAGUAUGACACACCACGUGUUGCAUAAUACGGUUCCCAAGGUUGCAAUCAAAAUUCCAGAGUCCAGAGCUCAUUCCAUUCUUGAUAUGCUCUGCGGACAGGCAGCAGUAAUACAGAAAAUAAACGUUUCAUCCCCUCAGUAGACAAACUAGAAAUUGAGUCAGUUAUAGGCUUCAAUGACGCUCAUUCAAAUUCCAUGAUUGGACAUGCACCACCAUUGAACUCGAUGUUCCUUGUAUAAAACUGAAGUUUAUGCAAAGUUUCAUGUCUAUGUCAGUUUGUUUUUGAGAUAGCAUUCGGACAGACAGGCACACAAAAAUGAAUGACAACAGACCUCGAGGAUAGGCCUCUUUGAGAAGUGAUCUAAUAAAAAAAAGGUUUUUGACCACCUUACAGGAAUUAUAGACCUUUAAAUUAAAAAUAGGCACUUGCAUUAACAGGCUCAAAUAAAACCGGCUGAAAAUAAAAAUGUUUACAGUGUGAGUUAAACCUUUGAUUGUAUUUAUUUGUGGUACUAAUACAAUCAACUAUUAUACAUUCAGGAUGUGACACUAAUUUAAUGAUUUAUGACUAGAAGAAAUAAUACUUUUUUAAUCAAAAUUUUAGAAAACGACAUAUUUGUUAAUACAUUUUUAAAAGAAAUUAGUUAUUCUAAACUAAAACACACAUCCAUUCCUCCUCUGAAUGUAUCUUUUGCCACACCUUGUAAAAAUCCUUAUCCAUUUCUUGAAACUUUUUUUAUAUAAUCCUGAGGGAAAAAGAUGGUAAGUCCCCGCUCUUAGUCCUGAAAAGGACCUUUGCGCCUCCCUUACUUAUAUUUGUGUCCUCAGAAUCUGAGGCUUUUAAAGAAGCCGGUCAGAUUUGAGGGCUCCUGUUCUCUGAUAUCAUUGGGGCUGAGGAGAUAUGCUCACAGGAAUCUUUUUAGAAUUUUUGAAAUGGCAGGACAAUUUAACCAAAUAUGAUUCCGCUGAUUCCUCCUCUUUUUCGCAGAGUCUACAUUCAUCAGUCUAUGAUGUCCACCCUCAUAAGGUGUUUUCUUAAGGGGCCAUGUCCUGUCAACAUCCCUAAUAUAAGUCUUAUAUCCUCCUUACUCUGAUCUAGGAGAGCUGCCCAUCCUUUAGCUUAAGGAGAGAUAAACAUUUUAGAUUGUCUUAAUCCUGAGACUCUACUCCAAUUAUGUUUCGUAUCCUCUUUUCCCAAACUUUUACAAGAGCUUUACUGUUGGAGAAAGCUAUCCCGCAAGCUGGCUCAGGCCCCACCAUUAUGGACUCCGCUUCCUUUUUGGUGAGGAUGUCUGCUUUUUCAUUUCCAUAAAUGCUCUCACGGCCUGGCACCCAACUGAGUGUUAUUCUGUUGUUCGUAGCCAGCUCAGCUAGAGCAUUCUUGCAUUCCCAGGCUGCUUUCGAAUCAAAUG